AUGCCUGCCCGCUACACCUCCAAAGACGUCAGUCCUGAGCCCUUGGCCCAAGAACUUCACCUCUACCCUUCUGGCCGAGUCGCAAAGAACAGGUUUCUUAAGUCGCCCAUGGCUGAGUCGCUUGCGAGUUGGGAUCCCGAGAUCGUCUCCAAGAGAGGAAUCCCGACCGACGAGCUGAUUGAGCUGUACCGACGAUGGGGUGAAGGCAAGAACAACUUUGGUAUCGUUGUCACUGGCAAUAUAGACAUUGAUCUCACCUCCGUCGGCGCUGCUGCGUCUCCCGGAAUCCCCGUCGAUGCUCCAUUUGAAGGCGAGCGCUUUGAUAAGUUCAAGCAAUUGGCCGCGGCAGCCAAAAAGGACGGUUCUCUGUUCCUCGCUCAGGUGAACCAUCCCGGGCGACAAGUUCCCUACAAGUUCAACCCAGUCGCCAUCUCAGCCUCUGACGUUCAACUCGACCCCAAGAUGGGAAUGACGUUUGGCAAGCCGCACGCCGCGACAAAAGAGGAAAUCGCCCAGAUCAUCGAAGGUUUCGCCCACGCCGCCGAGUAUCUCGAAAAAGCCGGGUUCGACGGCAUCGAACUACACGCAGCUCACGGAUACCUGCUCUCUCAAUUCCUCUCCCGAACCACCAACAAGCGCACCGACGAAUACGGCACUCAGACCGUCGAAAAUAGACUCCGACUCAUUUCCGAAAUUGCAAACGCUAUCAAGGCGCGCGUCUCACCGACCUUUAUCGUCAGCGCAAAGCUCAACAGCGUAGAGUUCCAGGACGGCGGCGUGACACCCGAUGAGGCAAGGGAGCUCUGCGAGAGACUUGAAGCACUGGGAUUCGACUUUGUUGAGCUCAGCGGCGGGACUUAUGAGCGCAUGGCAUUGUCGUGGGAGAAAGAGUCGACGAAGCAGCGCGAGGGUUUCUUCCUCGAGUGGGCCGAGACCAUCACCAAAGCGCUUGACCCAGCGCAUAAAAUGAGGAUCUUUAUUGCUGGUGGGUUGAGAACGGUGGGCGCCAUGGCAGACGCGCUUGACGUUGUGGAUGGUGUUAGUAUUGGACGGCCUGCGGCGGCAGAACCGCGUUUGGCUGGUGAUAUUAUCGAGGGACGCGUCAAAGGCGCGAUUCAACCGGCGGAGAUGGUUGAGAAUGAUCUUGGGAUGGGGAUGGGCGUCGCUGGGGCUCAGUUUGCGCAGAUUGCAAAGGGCUUUGAACCGCUUGACGCGAGUGACAGUGAAGUUGUGCAGACAUUUGGCCAGGAUAUGGGCGCGUGGUAUGAGAAGCUCGUGCAGGAUGGGGACAAGAAUGAGUUUGUUCGAGCCAUUCAGUAUUCGGGACCUCAAGUUCCAUAUGGCAAGCUAAAUAUUUCCACAAUUGCAGUCAUGUCGACCGCUGAGACAGAUCCAACACCGUCGAAUCGUCGCAAAGCAUGCGACUUGUGCUUUACGAAAAAGAUCAAAUGUGACAUGCUAAAGCCAGAUUGCUCGAAUUGCAUUCUCUAUAACACAAACUGCCGAACCAGCAUCAUUAGAAGGAAGCCUAAUUCUGCAAGAGCCAGAGCAGGGGCUAAACAACAAGAAGAGAACAAUCGCCAAGAGGGUCUUGAAGCAAGAUUGGCUCGUAUUGAAGAACAGUUGCAAAUCGUUCUCAACGCUGCCAAAGAUGCUCAAACUGCCAGACCGCAAGGGCCAGAUGACCAAUCCAGCCCAAGUGACUCAGCGGAAUCAGUUCUCAACAAUUCAGCAAAUUUCGAAGAGAUGGCGAAAAGAGGCUUCGCUUGGAAAUUCGAUCCAGUUAAUCCAGCAGUUUACCAAGGUCCCCAACCAAGCAUUUUAGAAUUGCCGCCCCUGGAUGAGAUUCUACCUAUAGUAGAUCACUACUUUACAACUUUCAACGCCGUCAUUCCUCUCUUUCAGCAGCCAGAAUUCAUGAAGCUUCUCACGACAUGGUAUAAACAACCCGAAACUCGCGACAGAGCUUCGUGGGCUGCUAUUCAAACCGUCAUGGCCAUUGGAUAUCGCACUCCACAGCUCUCACUACGAGACAGCCAAUCAGUGCAUAUUGAAAGGGCAGAUCAAUGUCUGAGGAAUGCACAGACUGUUGUAUCGGAGCUUGUCACGCGUGAUGAAGAUUUACUCGGCGUUCAGAUCUUACUAGGUAUCGUGAUGCUGUUCCAAAACAGUCGCGAUCCAAAACCAGCAAGCGUUCUCAUUGGAACAGCGGUUAGGUUGGCGCAUAGACUCAAGUUACAUUCGCAAGAAGCGGCGAUGCAGUUUCCGGCUGCGGAGGCAGAGCAGAGAUCGCGAGUGUUUUGGAUUGCGUACACUCUUGACAAAGACAUUUGUCUUCGUGCGCAAACACCUUCGUGCCAGUUUGAUGAAGACAUCGAUAUUAGUCUCCCUGUACUUGCGCCACCUGAUAGCGUUGGUUUGAUAUGGACGCAAAACGGCCAAGUCCACUUCAACUACCAUCGAAGGCGCGUGGAACUCGCUUACAUACAAGGCAAAGUGUACGAUCUUUUGUAUUCCAACCGCUCAAGCAAGGUGACUGCCCAAGAGCGACAACGACGAGUAUCUCGACUUCAAUCUAUGCUCGAUCAGUGGUACGAGCGCAUUCCAAAUGUAUUCCAUAUCGAGCAUGUCGCUGCGACGGUGGGACCGAGCCAGCUUGUGCAGAUGACAAAGAUGCACCACGCUUUUCUGCUGACGGAAGUGAUGAUCCAUGGUAUUUAUAGUCAUAAUGCUGAAUGGGUCAAGAGGAUCAGCUCUUUUAGUAGAGCUACGAUAACCUCUGUUGGAAACUUGGAGAAUAGGGGCUUUGGCGCCGGGAAGUGUCAGGACCAAGCACCGCCUUUACCUGAGGGAUGGAAUCAUUGUGUGGACGUGAGCAGAGGGUGCAUGAAGUUAUUCCAGGAAGCUACACCAACAGAGUGUCUUAUUUGCUGCUCUCAUUUCUCAGCGCUCAUCGUCCUCCUCGCCAACAUGAUCCUCAACCCCGGCCACAGCUCAAUCCACAUUGAUCAGCACCUCUCAGUAAAAGCGCUCGAUCUCUUCGACAAGCUUCUAAAGAUCAUUGACGACGAAGCGUUCAGAGCCUUGCGAAGCGUUGUUGGUGAACUCAGCCAGAGGGCGCAAACGGCUGUGGCGGUGUAUAGAGAGGAGCUGAAGGGAUUGGGGAGGGACGUCUUUGAGGCGCUGAACGUGGACGAUGUGGCUGUGCAGGAGGUGGAUUUCUUACCGGCGGGAGACACGGACAUGUUUGAGGGGCUUGAGGUUGAGGGGCCGUUUGUGGGGUUGGACGGGCCGUUUGUCGGAUUAAGUGGGGAGCUUGAGCGGGGCUUCGGAGACGGGAUGAGCUUCAUGGACGGCGGAGUGUUGGACAUGGAGUUUAUGAGAUGA